AUGAACGCCGAAACCGAGACCAAGACUCAGAGCAGCAGCGAUGAGAAGUACGGCGCUGGUGAAGUCGACCAUGACCAGAGCCAGUAUGCACUGCCUCCUGAUCCGGAUGCGCAUCUGAGUGCUGAGGAGAAGAAGGCUGUGGAUCGCAAGCUACUCUGGAAGCUCGACCUUACGCUCAUUCCAUGGCUCUGCAUCCUCUACCUCCUCGCCUUCCUCGAUCGUACCAACAUCGGCAAUGCCAAGAUCGAUGGUCUGCAAGCCGAUCUUGGUGACAAGAAUGGACCCAUGACUACUGGAAGAUACAAUGCCUGUCUCUCUAUCUUCUUCGUCUCCUACUCUGUCUUCGAACCCUUGACCAACAUUCUUCUUAAGCGGCUUCGUCCUUCAGUCUUCAUCCCAAUCAUUAUGAUUCUCUGGGGACUUUGCAUGACCUUCAUGGGCUUCGUUGAGAAUUGGUCUGGUCUCAUGGCAGCUCGUUGGUUCCUUGGUCUCACCGAAGCAGGUCUCUUCCCCGGUAUCAACUACUACCUCUCCUGCUGGUACAAACGCUCCGAGUUUGGUAUUCGUGCCGCCAUCUUCUUCUCAGCCGCAGCAGUCUCCGGAUCCUUCGGUGGUCUCCUCGCAGCAGCAAUUGUCAAGAUGGACGGGCUAGGUGGCCAUCCCGGCUGGGCAUGGAUUUUCAUCCUCGAAGGAAUUGUCACCGUCGUCUUCGGCGUCCUCUCCUUCUGGUGUGUCCACGACUUCCCCGACGAGGCCAAGUUCCUCUCCGAUCAAGACCGUGCUCGCGUUAUCCGCCGAUUGAAGAUGGACAAGCAGAGCUCAGCUGAGCACGAAGAGUUCAAGAUGAAGUACGUCUACAUGGCUUUGAAGGAUUACAAGAUGUGGCUUGGUAUGGUGAUCUACAUGGGCUGCGAUAUGCCGCUCUACGCCUUCUCUCUCUUCUUGCCAAGUAUCAUCAAGCAGAUGGGUUACAGCAGCACCACCGCUCAACUCCUCAGUGUCCCUCCAUACGCCCUAGCAGCCUGUCUGACUGUCCUCAUCGGAUUCAUCGCCGAUCGCACUCACCAGCGGGGUCUCUGCAAUAUCUGCGUUUCCAUCAUCGGUAUUGCCGGUUUCUCGAUGCUUCUCGGUUCAGACGAGCCAAAGGUCAAGUACGCAGGCACAUUCCUCGGCGCUCUGGGCAUCUACCCCUGCAUCGCAAACACCAUUUCCUGGGUAUCGAACAACAUCGAAGGAGUCUACAAGCGCGGUGUUGUUCUCGGAUUCGUCAUCGGCUGGGGUAAUCUCAAUGGUAUCGUCUCCUCCAACAUCUACCAGAAGACGCCAUAUGUCUCCGGCCAUUCGACCGUCCUGGCUUACAUGAUCGUCUGUCUCCUUGGUGGUAGUAUUUUGAUGAGAUACCUGCUCGCCAACGAGAACAAGGCGCGUGCGGCGGGCAAGAGAGACCAUUGGGUUGAGGGCAAGAGUGAGCGCGAGGCGGAGAAGUUGGGUGAUAUGCGUCCAGACUUUGUCUAUACUCUUUGA